CCAAACCCAAGCGCAGAAUCAAUCCAUUAAUCCAAUCCCCCAUAUCCUCGCACCCCCGGCGCACGUUUGUGCACAGACAUGGCCUCCACCACCGCCGCCGCCACGUCGUCUUUCCUCGGCACGCGACUCCCCGACGUCCACUCCAGCUCGGGUCGGGUGCAGGCGCGGUUCGGAUUCGGAACCAGGAAGGCAAAGCCGAAGAAGUCGAUUUCGAGGCCGAGCGUGGACCGCCCGCUCUGGUACCCGGGAGCCAAAGCCCCAGAAUGGCUCGACGGCAGCUUGGUCGGAGACUACGGGUUCGACCCGUUCGGUCUGGGAAAGCCGGCGGAGUACUUGCAGUACGACUUCGACUCGUUGGACCAGAACUUGGCUAAGAACCAGGCGGGCGACAUCAUCGGGACCCGGUUCGAGACCUCCGACGUGAAGUCGACGCCGUUUCAGCCGUACACGGAGGUCUUCGGGCUGCAGAGGUUCCGGGAGUGCGAGCUCAUCCAUGGGCGGUGGGCCAUGUUGGCCACCCUCGGCGCUCUCACCGUCGAGUGGCUCACCGGCGUCACCUGGCAAGAUGCCGGCAAGGUGGAGUUGAUAGAAGGAUCAUCGUACCUCGGACAGCCUCUUCCAUUCUCGAUGACCACUCUGAUCUGGAUCGAGGUUCUCGUCAUCGGCUACAUCGAGUUCCAGAGGAACGGCGAGCUCGACCCGGAGAAGAGGCUGUACCCCGGCGGCAAAUUCUUCGACCCACUGGGAUUGGCCUCCGAUCCGGAGAAGAAGGCGACGCUUCAGCUGGCGGAGAUCAAGCACGCCCGCCUCGCCAUGGUGGCCUUCCUGGGCUUUGCCAUCCAGGCGGCCGCCACCGGCAAAGGGCCGCUCAACAACUGGGCGACCCACUUGAGUGAUCCGCUCCACACAACCAUUUUUGACACCUUGGGACUCUUCUCUUAGAUCUUCAACUUUCAGUGGCUUGUGCCGGCCAUCCAUCUCUUACUUGUAUCAGCCAUGGAUUGAUUACUACUCUGUAUCUUUGUUCCCAUCUCUGUAAAUGUUGCAACGUUUCACACUCCUAAGCAUAUUAUGCUCUGUUGCCUCUUA